AGGAUACCAUGAGUUACCAUGCUGUUACGUACAAGUUAAUACGUGACGGAGCUGAGCACCGAACCGAACUUGUCAUCCAAAGUAACAAAGACUUCAAUUUCAAACUUCUUGAUAGCUGGUCGCCAUGUCGACGUCUGCCUUUUUCACCGACUCCCUAGCAGUGAUGCAACGCACUGUGGAGGUUACUGAGCAAGUUGCAGAACCACAAGACAUCGUUGAACAGUUUGAAGUGGACCGCUGUGCUGCUUUCAUCAACAAGCAUGAAUUCACAAAGGUUGGUUUGCAGUUCCCAGAUGAUCUAUUGCAUGUAUCAGCGACACUGGCCAGUGUCCUCCAGUCAAAGAUAUCAGCGACAGUCUUCAUCCUGGGUGACACUUCUUAUGGCAGCUGUUGCGUGGACGAGGUAGCCGCACAGCAUGCUGGAUCAGAUGCCAUUAUUCACUUUGGUCCAGCGUGCCUUAGCACAACCAAGCGAUUUCCUGUACUCUACGUCUUCGGCCGUGGUAGGAUAGACCUGGAGAAGUGCUGCGAAAGUUUCCAGUCCUUGAUUUGUGACAGGAACCAGCAUGUCCUUGUUCUGUCAGAUGUGAUAUAUUCUCAUGCUAUGGAUGAGCUCCAAGCAAGGUUUCAAGAAGACUACCCGAAUGCUGUCUUCUCUAGUAUUGACUCAACGCCAACCGUGUCGCCCCAGGACACCCGGACUGGCUCAAGUCUGUCAGGGGUGGAGGGUCUGGACUGCCAGUGCAACUCCGGUACCUGCUGCAGCAAAGGCCAAUCAAAGGAGACUGCCUCUUCAUCUGCUACCAGCAAAGAGGAAACAGGAGAUCAGAAAGAUGAGGAAAGGACCAAAGGAGAGGUAGAAGGAAAAGAUUUAAUGAAAGGAGAAAGUCUGGUGAAGGAAAACGGGAAGUGUCGUUUCUGUGGUAGGACACUGGAUUUGAAACCUGGCACCAGCCUUGAAGACUACGCUGUGUUCUAUGUUGGGGCGGAGAGCAGGACGCUGACUAAUUUCAUGAUGGUUUUGAACAAGUGUACGUUCUAUACAUUUGACCCUACGACCUGCUGCGGGAGACAGGAAACACUGAAUGUCAAUCGUGCUCUCAUGAGGCGAUACCACCUCAUAGAGAAGGCAAAGGACGCCAAUGUAGUUGGAAUAUUGGCCGGCACGCUGGGUGUGGCUAACUACCUGGAUAUCAUCUCUCACCUGAAGAGGUUACUGAAGCAUGCUGGGAAGAAGAGCUACGUCUUCGCUGUUGGGAAGCUGAAUGUUCCCAAACUUGCCAACUUUAUGGAAGUUGACGUGUACGUGUUGGUUGCAUGCCCUGAGAAUAGUCUUGUGGACUCUAAGGAAUUCUAUCGUCCUGUGGUCACGCCUUUUGAGAUGGAGAUAGCAUGCAACGAGGCCAGAGAGUGGACUGGGGAAUACAUCACAGAUUUUCAGACUCUACUUCCAGGUUCUAGCGGACAUGUUGUGAUACCAGCCUCGUCCAAUUCUUCUGAGCGGACGGAUGUAUCUCUGGUGACAGGAAAGCUUCGCUCGCUAGGUACAAGGGAGGAUGAUGAUGAUGGAGAUAAUAGGUUAAUGGGUAGAAGCUGUGAUGCGGGGGCUCUCGUGAGCAGAGAUGAACCAUUGACAGUCUCAAAUGUACACAAGAAUGCAAGUGAAUAUCUCAUGGGGCGUACAUGGCAGGGGUUGGAACAGAAGCUCGGUGAGACCCCCGUUACCAAGGCAACAGAGGGCAGGAAAGGCAUCGCUGCUGGUUAUACCCAUGAAGAAACAUGACAACAAUAGGCACCAUCUCAAGGAUUCCUAGGUCUAUACGGUAUUCCUAAAACCGUAUCAACUUUUGUCCUGACUGAAGCCCUAGCUAUGGUUAUAAAGUUAGUCCGCUACGUUAUGAAGCACCAAGUCUCCACUGCUUCAGUUAUUUUAUAAGGAUACCCCUGUCCGAACUAUUCCCGACCAUCAGAAGCAGAGGUAAUGAUAUGAUUGCAGGACCCUCAGGCAGAACAGUGUUAAUACUGAUUAAAGGCUACCCUGGGUAAACAAGACUUAUUAUUAUUAUUGAUUUUUUUUUUUGUUAUUAUAAUAAUAAUAAUAAUAAU